AUGGCCGUUCACCACCUCCUCCGCCGCGGGAUCUCUGGUGGGUCUCCCCUCCACCCUCUGCGCGGCCUCCUCGUAUCGCAGGAGCUCGGUCGGCGUCAGGCGAGCUCGGCGGCGGCGGGGGACGCGGUGGCCGAGCUGAGGGGCGCGCGGGAGGACGUCAAGCAGCUGCUGAAGGAGAAGUCCUGCCAUCCCAUCCUGGUUCGCUUGGGUUGGCAUGACGCUGGUACUUAUGACAAGAACAUUAAUGAGUGGCCCAAGUGUGGUGGAGCUAAUGGUAGCUUGAGGUUUGAAAUUGAGUUAAAGCAUUCGGCUAAUGCUGGUCUUGUGAAUGCUUUGAAACUUAUUCAAGCCAUCAAGGACAAAUAUGCAGGUGUUACUUAUGCGGAUCUGUUUCAGCUUGCCAGUGCUACAGCCGUUGAGGAAGCUGGUGGCCCCAAAAUCCCCAUGAUCUAUGGAAGGGUUGAUGUUUCUGCCCCUGAACAAUGCCCACCAGAGGGGAGACUCCCUGCUGCUGGUCCGUCUUCACCUGCUGAACAUUUGCGAGAAGUAUUCUACAGAAUGGGCCUGAAUGACAAGGAAAUUGUUGCAUUGUCAGGAGCACACACACUUGGACGAUCAAGACCAGAGCGCAGCGGCUGGGGUAAACCUGAAACAAAAUACACUAAAAAUGGACCUGGUGCACCUGGGGGGCAAUCUUGGACAUCACAGUGGCUCAAGUUUGAUAACAGCUAUUUCAAGGAUGUCAAAGAACGACGAGACGAGGACCUCCUAGUUCUGCCUACUGAUGCUGUGCUCUUUGAGGAUUCAUCAUUCAAGAUUUAUGCUGAAAAGUAUGCUGAGGAUCAGGAUACAUUUUUUGAAGACUACGCUGAAGCUCAUGCUAAAUUGAGCAAUCUGGGGUCUAAGUUUGACCCUCCUAAGGUAGAUGUGAUUAAGAGAACCAUUUAUAGAACCAGGACAUAA